ACGAGCUGUGUUCAAAUUUUUGGCUUGAAAAAUGUCUUUCUCUGUGAGGAUUGUGAACGCAGAUCUAUACACUGCAGCACCAUUACCAGGUUUUGAUAGUAUCUAUUCUAGUUUUCGUGAAAGCAAGGUGAUCAAAGUCCCUGUGAUUCGUGUGUUUGGCUCAACACCAAAUGGUCAAAAGACAUGUCUUCAUGUGCAUGGAGUCUUCCCAUAUAUCUACAUCCCUUAUGAUGGCUCUCAGCCAACUGAUUAUUACCUCAAACAAUUUGCUACAAGUGUGGACUUUGCAGUUCAUGUUUCUUUGGGCAAAGCUUCAUCAUCAACUCGUCACAUACAUGACAUAGUCAUAGUGAAAGCAAGACCGUUUUAUGGUUAUCAUGAAGAGGAGAGAGAGUUCAUGAAAAUUUCUUUUUACAAUCCUUUCAUUGUUCCAAGAGUAGUGAGUUUGCUUCAAAAUGGUGCUAUUAUGAAUAAAGUGUUCCAGCCUCAUGAGUCUCACAUUCCCUACAUUCAGCAGAUGUUUAUUGAUUACAAUCUUUAUGGAAUGAAUUUACUCAAUGCAUCUUCAGUUAAGUUUAGACAACCACUCACACUAAAACCAGGGGAUGAAGAAAUCUCCCAUACUUCAAAUGUUCCUGAUUUGUCUCCUUCUACAUUCAGUAACUGUGAUAAAACUCAAAGUGUGUUUUGGUCUGAAGAGAAUAUUCCUAGCCAUUUGGUGCAUGAUAAUGAAGUAGAGAGAUUGAGCAUUUCUGAGCUGGAGGUGGAUGUCAAGGCUGAGGACAUCUUGAACCAAAAUGAUAUUAAAUCAAGUAUUGGAACAAGCCCAGGGCUCGUUGCAAUCUGGGAAGAGGAACGUGAAAGAAGAAAGAUAGAACAUGAUGAAAUUCCUCUUACUCCUCCUGUUUCUCAAGAUCGUGGAGACUUGCCAUUACUGGAAGCUGAAGCAUAUUACAAAGAAAAGCUGAGGCAGAUUAUUGGUGAAAGAGAUCUUGUAAUGCAAACUCACCCAGUUCAUCAGGAGGGGGAAGAAAUGCUGUCAGUGCAGGAUAAUGACAGCUCACCUUCAUAUCAUGAAAAGUCAGUAAACGAACCAAUAGUAAAUGAAAACAUUGUACAAGAAGUAGUCCAAUCAAGUCAACCAUCUAUGUCUCAAGAUCUAGAUAAUUCUACAGACAUGGAAAUGGUGAAGAUGCUUGCCAGCUUAGCCAGUGAUGAUGAUGUAGCAAGCCAUACAAGUCUAUCAUGUAUGAGCCCAGUCGUUUCUAUACCUGAUAGAGAUUUUUUAAAUGUUGAAGAGGAAGAGGAAGCCGAGGAAGCAGAAAAUGAAGAAGAGGAAUCUAUAUUGAUGUCACAGCAGGUGUGGGAUGACACAGAUCCAUUCCAACAACAAGAUGCUGGACAAGAUACUGGACAAGACACUGGACAAGACACUGGACAAGACACUGGACAAGACACUGGACAAGACACUGGACAAGAUAAAGGACAAGAUAAAGGACAAGAUAAAGAUGCUUUAAUGUGCUCUCAAGUAAGGAUUUCUCAGUUCGAUUUGGAAGGGCUGGAGGACAGCUGGGAGAUACCACAACUGGAUGGAGUCAACGAUGAUGAUAACUUCCCCACUAGUAACGCUGCUAUGACAACACGAAAUAACAGAAAUAAGACAACCCGAAGGCUGGGAAUGUCCUCCAUCAGGAUUCCAAGGGAAACAUGCACAAAUAAUAAAAGGAAACAUGUGGAAAAAGUGGCUGUAAAGGAUGAUAGUAAAUCAAGCAAUGAGCCAUUGACUUAUUCGACAUUCUCUCUGCAAUUGAGUGAGACUAGCAGUUCUGAAAGUGAGAAUCCCGAAGAAGAUCUUGUAGAAAAAAAGAUGUGUAAAAAUAACAAGUCACACAAGUAUGAAACAAGGAAAGAAGAUGAAGAACUCAACAUGAAUGAAUCUAAUGUCUCUAAAGCAUCGCAUACAUCCUAUAAAGAACUCAAAUCUCUUGUGUUUGCAGAAUACAGCAAGUCUAGUAUUAGGAAAUUAGGAAAUGAAAAGAGAAAAAAGCUCACUAAGGUAAAAAAUGCAGCCAUGGAAAAGAGGGAUUUGUCGUUAACAUGUAGCCAUGCUUCAGGGAUUUCUAAAGACAACAAGUUGUCUUUGACAGAAAAUAAAUCUAGAAAGGAACAGAACCACAGAUACAACUUGAGAAAUACUACACCAUCUUGUCUGAAAGUCACUAAAAACACUAGUUUGUCACCAGAACUUGCAGAUGAUCAUUCCUCUAUGACUAAUUCAAAGCUAAAGGAUAGAAUAUAUGGUGAUAAAAGUUUAACAAGCAGUUCGGCUCCCUUAUCUCGGCAGAGAAACAGGACAAAUAACUUGCUUGAUCUGAAUGUGGUAGUGGAUGAUGUUGCUUUCUCGAAAAAGCUGCAAGAUUUGUUCACGGCAGCAGUUAAUCGACGUAAGUUUGCCCUUCAAAAGUCAAAACAGAAAACUUUGUAUUUGAACUCCCCUCCCCUCAAAAGGAAAUCAAGUAAUGAGCCUGCGUCAUAUAAACCUAUGAUAAAGAAACAAACUCCUCCAAAAAAGUCGCCAAAAUGUAAACGUUAUGGUGUUCUUGAUAUUACUGUCCAUACAUCACCUUCAAAGGACGUGAAAGCAACUGUAUCUACAGAAGAUACCUUGCCUAUCAGACGAAGACUCGUUGAUCAACUUGAACAUGCUAGAAUCCCUUUUGACCAACAUACCCAACAUUCCCAUAUAAGUGAAUCUCUUGGUUCUGCUGAAGUUAAUUCUCGAGGUGGUAAACGAAAGUUCUUUGAAAUAUGUUCAAAUGAAAAUGUCAAGAAAAGAUUAUCUCUAAGACUGAAGAAAAAAUCUGAAUGUAAACCUGCAGAACUAACCACGGUGGAUGGAAAUAAAAAUAUUACCACUGGAUGUGGAUUUGCAAUACCGGAAAAGCAUGACAUUGCUCAUGAUAAUAUAGGAUACAUCCUGGAUAAUCAGAUUCAGGAAGGAAAUCAAAUACAGGCAGUUGAGAUAUCUCAUGCUGUCACUUGUAUACCCUCUAGUCCAGUUGAAGAAGUUUACCAAUCUCACCAGGAUCUCAGUGCUCCAUUACUAUUACAGCAGUCUGACACAGAGCCCUUGAACAGUGCCUUGUUUAAUAUGUCAUUUCUGUCACCCAGAACCUCUAAUUCAGACAGCUCUAGUUCUCCUCCCUCGCCGUCUACCCCAACAACUUUUGAUCAUGUCAAUGAUUCAUGUAAAUCGAUAACUGAUCAGCAUUCUGCUAAACUUACAUUGGUUGAUUACGAUGAUUCUCUGGUCAAUCUCCCAGAUGCUGGGAUUAGUAAAGCUGAGGUCAAAAAUGAACUACACGCCGACCAGCGCACUUGUCGUCCUCCGUCUGGAGAGUCAGAAAUGAAGGAAAAAUCAAGGAACUUCUCAACUGAAAUACCAUCUUCUUUUUUGAAUGAAGUUAAUAGAAUGCAAGACAAGCAGAAGAAAAAUGAACCAAUGAACACUCCUGGAGUAGCCUUCUAUACUACACAAUGCAUUCACUGUGAAGAACGACAUCAAGUGCUAACUUGCCUAAAUGCCCUAAGACAAUACUGCUUAUUAUUAGAAAACACCAAGAGAGCUUUGAUGGGAUAUAUUGAUAAAGAAGAGCUAAUUGAAAAUGAUUUUUGUCCAUUAAAUCCUGUUACAACUCAUGCCAGCAAGGAACUUUCUACAUCAGACUUGGAAAGGGAUCAGCACACUGCAUCAGUUACAUAUCAAACCAGUAAACAUCUCUCUACACAGGACAUGGAAAUGGAUCAGCACACUGUGUCAGUUACAUAUCAAGCCAGUAAACAUCUCUCUACACAGGACAAGGAAAGUGAUCAGCACACUGCGUCAGUUACAUACCAUGAAACCAGUAAACAUCUCUCUACACAGGACAUGGAAAGUGAUCAGCACACUCCUUCAGUUACAUACCAAACCAGUAAACAUCUCUCUACACAGGACAUGGAAAUGGAUCAGCACACUGCAUCAGUUACAUACCAAACCAGUAAACAUCUCUCUACACAGGACAUGGAAAUGGAUCAGCACACUGCAUCAGUUACAUACCAAACCAGUAAACAUCUCUCUACUAAGGAGGAUGAAUACAGAUUGAUUUCAGGGUUUUCCCCUGACCUUGGUCUUGUUUCAAUUGAUGACAAAUCUUCUGUAAAGUCCGAUGAUAUCGAUUCUAGGAAUUCAGUAGUUCUACUUCCAAAACGAAAACCUCCUACUACUGCAGAGUUAAUGGAGACUGUAGAGGAUUGUGGGAUACCCCAAUGUCAUCACCAAAAGCCUUUUUAUAGCAAUCCAGAUGAUGCUCCAGAAACCACCAUGGAUGUUGGGGGACGCCUUCUAAAAGUUCAAUCCAAAGCAGUAAAGAACCUCCCAGAGUUUGAUACACGGAGCCCUGUGGCGGGAAUAAGGGAUUGGAGACAACUCCUUUGUGCUGACCACGAGUCUAGUUUCCUGAAUGAGUGUCAACAGAACAUGGGUGGUACAGAAGGAUUCGUGAAGGAAAUCGAAAAUAAUCCACGGCUAAGGCUUGCUUUUAUGGAUGAUAAACCACUUGUAGUAACACCUUGUAAAUUACCUCCUCCUCCUUCGAUCGUGUCCUCAUGGGUAAAAGAGAAACUGAUGAAAAACAAGCUCUUGGUACAGGAAAAAGAAAAAUAUGGACAAAAAAGGGACCAGAUUGAUGAUGACAGAGAUCAAGAAAAGUCAAAGUCAAAACUUGAUGAUAAUCAUGCAAAUGAUUCUGUUACGAUUAACCACCAAGAAUUGACAAGUCCUUGUAGUUUAUUUUCUCCAAUAGAACAGAAAUUCACUCUAGAUGAAGCAAAACAUACCAGAGAUGAUGAAGCAUGCAUAACAAGAGAAUCCAGUCAAACACAGUCGAAUGAACAUUUGGGAAAUCAAUGGCAAGAUAGAUUUGGAAUGGGAGUAAAACCUGAUCUUGAUAACUCUAAAGCGUUAUAUAAAGAACACUGUCCAUCAACUCCAUCUGCAAGACAAUUAAAGUGUACCUUAUUUGGUCCUCACCACAGUACUCCUAUAUUACCUGAAAAUAAGAUCAACCCAUCCCAGUUACCUCUUCUUACGCCGAUUAUCGUAGGAGCUUCGGAUAAGCCUCCAGAAGAAAGAACCAAUAAACAAACUAGACGCCAGUUAAUACUAAGCCAACGCAAGUUUGUCUCCCCUGAUGUUCGAUUAAGGUGUGGUGCCGAUGCAGGAUCUGAGAUUGAAGGUCCUUCUCCCAUAAAUACUGGGGGUUUCAAGGUGCCCAAGAUGAACAUUCAGGAAAAUAAACCAUCUCAUGAGGUACAACAUCUUACCCUUCUCAGUAUUGAGCUUCAUGUCCGAACGCGAAGAGAUCUUCGACCUGAUCCUGAAUUUGAUUCUAUCUGUGCUAUUUUUUAUCAUGCACAGACGGAUUCUUGUCUCCCAGGAGGUAAAAAUCAUCUCACAGGUGUCAUUUGUGUUGAUAAAGAUUCUAAUAAAAAUAAUAAAAGAACAACCGAAAAAACAUCAUCUGGCAGUGAACUUUUAACUUCAAGCAUUGGAUGUCAACAGAAAGAAAAAAGGCUGUUCCUUGAACGUUCAGGUGUUACCAAGUAUGUUACUCAUUAUGUGGAUGAGGAAAAGGAACUUUUUGGGGAAUUGCUUCAACUUGUUCGUAAAUGGGAUCCCGAUAUCUUGAUUGGCUAUGAAGUGCAAAUGUUGUCAUGGGGAUAUUUGAUUCAACGAGCUUUAGUGUUUGAUGUGGAUUUAUGUAAAAUGCUAUCACGAGUCACAGGAUCUUCAAGUGAAUGUAACAUGGAUGCCGAGAAAGACAAGUGGGGUGCAUCACAUACUUCAGAACUGAAAAUACCAGGCAGAAUUGUAUUGAAUGUAUGGAGGUUGAUGAGACAUGAGGUCACACUAAACACGUAUACAUUUGAAAAUGUAGCGUUUCAUGUAUUGCAUGAACGUAUUCCCCUUUUCACGUAUCGUUUGCUUUCUGAUUGGUGGGAUCACAAGACUGACCUGCAUCAGUGGCGAACUAUCAAUCAUUAUGUUACUCGCUGUCAUGGUAACGUACGGAUACUUGAGCAAAUUGAUUUCAUUGGUCGAACAAGUGAGCUUGCAAGGCUUUUUGGGAUAUUGUUUUACAAUGUCAUAUCACGUGGUUCUCAGUUUCGUGUGGAGUCAAUGAUGCUUCGUAUUUCAAAACCCAUGAAUUACGUACCUGUCUCACCCAGCCACCAACAAAUAAGCAAUAUGCACGCACCUGAAGUGAUCCCCCUGGUACUGGAGCCUGAAUCCCGUUUCUAUAGCGACCCAGUGCUUGUCCUAGACUUCCAGUCCUUGUACCCUUCAAUGGUCAUUGCUUACAAUUAUUGUUACUCUACAUGUCUGGGAAGAGUGGCUCAAUUAUCAGAGACUGGUGAGUUCAAAUUUGGUGCAUCUUCACUCUCUGUUCCUUUUACAUUGCUCAAGAAAAUUGAAGAUGAUAUUCAUGUAUCUCCUAAUGGAGUUGCAUUUACGAAACCUAGAAUAAGAAGAGGAGUUUUGCCUAGAAUGCUGGAGGCCAUUUUAAAUACAAGAAUAAUGGUGAAAAAUUCCAUGAAGAAAUGGAAAAGCAAUAAGUCUGUCCAUCGUAUGCUUGACGCACGUCAGUUGGGUCUCAAGUUAAUCGCCAAUGUCACUUUCGGAUAUACAGCUGCACACUUCUCUGGAAGGAUGCCUUGUGUUGAAAUUGGUGACUCUAUCGUUCGCAAAGCCCGUGAAACAUUAGAGCAUGCAAUCAAUGUAGUAAACAAUACCAGUAAAUGGGGAGCACGAGUUGUCUAUGGUGAUACCGACAGUAUGUUUGUGCUACUAAAAGGAGUUACCAAAGAAGAAGCAUUCAGGAUUGGACAAGAAAUCGUGGACACGAUUACUUCACUGAAUCCAAAACCAGUGAAACUGAAAUUUGAAAAGGUAUAUUUGCCUUGUGUGUUGCAAACCAAAAAGAGAUACGUGGGCUACAUGUACGAAACAUUGGAUCAAAAAGAACCUAUAUUUGAUGCGAAAGGAAUUGAGACAGUGCGUCGAGAUACAUGCCCUGCUGUUGCAAAGGUACUAGAAAAGUCACUUCGAAUAAUGUUUGAGACAAAAGAUAUUUCCCUCGUAAAACGUUACGUUCAGCGUCAGUUUGGCAAGGUCUUGGAGGGCCGUAUUUCACUACGAGACUUGACCUUUGCCAAAGAAUAUCGUGGCAUGCCAUCGUACAAGCCAGGAGCCUGUGUUCCGGCAUUGGAAUUAGCAAGGCAAAUGCUAAAAGAGGAUCGAAGAUCUGAACCAUGUGUUGGUGAACGUGUGCCUUAUGUUGUAACGUAUGGUACUCCUGGUCUACCUCUGAUACGACUUGUUAAAAGGCCUCUUGAAGUGCUUCAAGACACAAAUCUUCGAAUCAAUGCCAUGUAUUACAUAACCAAGCAGCUGAUACCUCCUUUAAAUCGAGUAUUCACACUCAUUGGUGUUGACGUUAAAACCUGGUUCGCAGAUGUACCUCGCAUAGCACGAGUAAGAACACAGCCAUGUGCCAGCACUACUCUGGACAUCCCCAAGAAAACAAUUUCUCAUUACUUCUAUACGACAAACUGUCCAGUGUGCCAGCAAAUCACAACCAAGGGAUUAUGCGAGAUGUGUUCCAAUCAACCACAGAAGGUGCUCGUAAUACUGAAUGGCCGGUUAAGGAAGUGGGAAAGAAACUAUCAGAAUCUCACCCAGGUUUGUUACCAGUGCUGUGCAUCAUCUGACCCCCGGCUGGGUUGUGUGUCCAUCGAUUGUCCAGUUUUUCACAAACUAGUCAAAACAACACGUGACUUACAGUCACAGCAAUACUUACGCCAGCUUUUACAAGAUCUCAAAGUCAACUGAUCUUAAAUAAUAGUCUAGGCACGGCUAAAAUUGAAAUUAUCAAAAUGGAAUGUAAAAGUUAUUUUGUAACUAUGGAUAUUGUAACUCAUGCGCUAAGCUCAGCUAACAUGUGGCAGGUGCGCGGUGGUUUUCGGUUACUUUGUUCAGAUAUUUUCUUCGCUUUUGUGAACUAAGAACAUUAAAAGGCAAUUCCUAGAGGACUCUUAAAGCACGCGAAAUACAUGGCUUCGUCUUA